GCUGAGGGAAACGUCACUACCAACAACAGGAAGUACGUAUGGUAACUAACACUGAGCGGCCAGUUUAAGAAACCCAGCAACAACGAACAUGCCAAGAACACAGAAGAAGUUUCAAUGGAAUUGGGCUACCCUGGUUUUCUGACGUUAAUUAGAUAUGGCUGAUAAAGAGCUUUGCCUUAUCGACAAGAACAUAUCCAGCUUAUUAGAUGUUCCACUGAAUCCCAACGUUACAAUAUUGAAUCUUCACUGUAACCGUAUACCAAAAAUUGAGGGUUUGAUUGAAGCUUGGCAGCUGCGACAUCUCGACCUGUCAUCGAACCGCAUCACAGAAAUCAGUGGUUUAGACAAUCUCUCCUCCUUACGCACCCUAAACAUAUCUUGCAAUUUAAUCACAAAAGUUGAAGGUCUAGAAGUGUUAAUAAAUCUCACCAGACUGAACUUGUCUUAUAAUCGCAUUUGUGACCUUACAGGGCUGUUGUGUCUCCAUGGGUCAGGGUAUCAACUGAAGCGCCUCCAGCUUCAGGGCAACCACUUGGACAACAUUAAUCAUGUACUGCAGUGCCUGGUGGGACUGCAGAAUCUUAAAGAUAUUACUCUCAGGGAUGACUGUGUUCAAAAUCCUCAAAACCCAAUCUGUGCUCUCUCAGGGUACAGGGAUACGGUCUUAGAAUCCCUGCCUCAAGUGUUCACCCUAGAUGGUGUCGACCGAUUUGGAAAUCCCGGAGAGGAUAGCCCCACUGACAUCCCUGGCCUUGAGGACUUCCUUCAGUACCUGUUACACACAGAUGCCGAUGUUGGUGUAAGAAGUGCAAAGACAAACAGGCAGGCUGGCGGACCCCUUAGUGUGGCCCAGACCGAUGAGGUCCCGGCCCAGUUUGGAGAGAGGAAUGAGCCUGCCAGAGGACCCAGAGCUCCAGCAGCUGUCAAGUCUGGCCCAGUCACUCCAAGUUCUGCCUCCAGAAACCAUGGCAACGAGCAACGCAUUAAGAAACUGGAGCAGCAGGUGUCCCAGCUCUUGCAGAAGGUGCCUGAGAGAGGUGUGUCCAUCUCCAGCCCUCCUGUGGUCCUGAGAGCAAAGAGGGACACGGAUCUGACUUCUGAGAGCGACUGUGACAGCGUGAAAGAGAACCGACGAAACUCAAAGAUCCCGAAGCAGACCAGGAGCUCUCCAGGGAAAAAAGGCCACAAAGCCACGAGAGCCAAACCCUCACACAGUGAUUCAGAUACGCAUAAAUCCAGCUCCUCAAAGUUUCCCGUGGGUCAGAAGAAGAGGCAAGAGGUCCAUUCAUCAUCCCCUGGGAUGACCAGGAAGGGCCUGAAAAGUACAGCACCCAGGGAGGCAGCUGAGAGGAAAUCAAGCAAAGCCGAGGAAGAGACCUACAGGGCUAUCGUGGAGGAACGUGACCAGGAGAGGGAGCGGCGUUGGAAGGCAGAGCAGGCGGUGAGAAAGCUGACAGAGCAGCUGAAGAGCCUGCAGACUCGCGCCAGUGAGGAGAAGGACCUGCAGAGCAUGGCUCUCCACACCACAGACAGGCUAAAGGAGUCGCUGCUGAAGGAGCGCUCGGAGCGCUCGACCCUGCAGGCCAGGGUGGAGGAUCUGGAGGAGCGGCGGCGCGACUGGGCAGCACAGCUGGACUUGGCGCGGGGCCGAGAGGACCAGCUAAAGAGGGCGCUACGCAGCCUGGAGGACCAGGUGUCCCAGGCCGAGGCUCUCCGGGCCCAGCAGCAGGCCGAUGAGAUGAGGCGUAGUAAAGAGCUAGAGAACAGGGCUGCUGCUCUUAAGAGGGAGGUGGAGAUCCUUAGGGCAUCACUACGUCAACAAAAGGACAAAGUGCAACAGCUGCAUGAACUUCUGGUAUCCAGAGAACAGGUCCACAGGAAGGAACUGGAGUCGCGGCUGCUCCCUGACAGCGCUCAGUUUCGAGAGGCGGUGGGAAAGGAGGUGGCUCUCACAGAGCAGAGGCACGAGCACACGCAGGCUGCCCUCGUGGGCAAACUGGAGGAGGCUCGAAAGCAGUAUGCCGCCCUGGAGGACGAGUUUCGCAUGGCCCUGACAAUUGAAGCAGGGCGCUUCAACGAGGUAAAGACUGCGUUCGACCACGCCAGCAGGGAACUGUCCGAUCUAAAGGCAUCACUGAUUCAGACCCAGCAGAAGGAACAGAAGUCUGUGGCUCUGGUACAGGAGCUCACCACCAUGGUGAGGGAGCAGAAGGAGCGCAUUGCGGAGCUCACCAAGUCCCGAAAAGAGGCCGUCACUGAACUCAAGUCUCGCAUCCAGUCUCUGGAGGAGGCAGCAGAGGGUGACCGGCGUCUCGGCUUGCAGGUGGAGCUUCUAAAGAAGGACAAGGCCAAGCUGGUCGCCCAGGUCUCCGCACAGGAGUCUGUUAUCGAUGGUCUCCGAUCUGAGAGGAAGCUCUGGGGACAGGAGCUGGCGCAACAGGGGGCAUCUUUAGCCCAAGACAGAGGCCGUCUGGAGGCAAAGAUUGAGGUUCUCUCCAGUGAGUUGGAGACGCAGAAGAAACAGAAUGAGCGAGACAGUGACGCACUGAAGAUUAAGGCCAAGAUUGUGGACGAUCAGACAGAAACUAUCCGCAAGCUCAAAGAGGCACUGCAGGAGCGUGAUGAGCAGCUGCGUCAGCAGCGCGAAGACAGGGCCCAGGCGGAGCGGCGCUUCCAGCAGAGGCUGCAGGAGGAGACGGCGCCGCUAGUGCAGCUCCGAGACCGUCUGGAGCAGCUCAGCCUCCGCAAGGAGGAGCUCAAGCAACAGCUGGAGGAUAAGGAGGCUGAGCUGGACGAAGUCAAAGAGGCUUACAGGGCUUCUAAUAACAAAUGGCAAGAAAAGGCUGGCUUACUCACCAGGCUUGAGACUCAGGUGAAACGCAUGAAGGAGAAUUUUGACUCCAAAGAGAAAACCCUGCUUGAGGACAGAGACAAAGCUUUGCAGGCUCACAAAGGUGUUUUAGAGAAAUUGCGAAAUGCAGAUGAUGCCUUUCGGAGACAGCUGGAGACUCUUCAGGCCUCCCAUCAGACUGAGCUCCUGCACCUCAUCAGUGACAAACAGAAACAGAUUGAGGUGGCCAAUCACAAGGUGAUUGAAGUGGAGGAGGAAAUGAGACAGCUAUUGGAGGAGACCGAGAUUAACAAACGGUUAAUGGAAGAGAAAAUGAAACGUCUCACCAGCGUAUUGAAGGAAUUCUGACCUCAAAUAUUACAAUAUCAAAUUUG